AUGCAAGAAGUCGUCAAGAAAGAAAUCAUCAAGUGGUUAGAUGCUAGAGUGGUUUACCCUAUUGCUGACAGUAAAUGGGUGAGCCCAGUUCAAUGUAUUUCGAAAAAGGGCGGCAUCACAGUGGUGCCUAAUGCAAAGAAUGAGUUGAUUCCGACUAAUACUGUGACGGGUUGGAGAGUUUGCAUGGACUAUCGCAAGCUUAAAACUGCUACUUGCAAGGAUCACUUUCUUAUGCCUUUUAUUGAUCAAAUGCUUAAUCGGCUUGCGGGACGGUCUUACUAUUUCUUUCUUGUCGGGUCUUCGGGCUACAGUCAGAUCAACAUCGCCCUUGAGGAUUAG